AUGGAAUCGCUCGUAUCGUCGCUUUUUGCGCACGUCAAAGGCAAGGAUGUUCGCCAAUUAUCGGGUUGCGCACACUUCAAUGCAGGCGAGACGACUUUCGCGGGUGUUAAAUCAGUUGUUGACCAUCUUCGACUUACACCUGCAGAUGUCUUCGUCGACAUUGGCAGCGGGAUCGGGAAUGUCGUUGUGCAGGUGGCGUUAGAGGCAUCAGCCAAAGUGUGCGUCGGCAUUGAGGUGAGAGGGGAACUGGUUGAGAUUGCUGAAGAUAUCGUUCGGCAACACGGCCGUGUGCUCCCCCAACUAAGCAGUGCUAUGGUUUUGUUUUCGAACAACAAGCUAUUUGAGGAGACAGCUAACCAAGCUCUACAAGAUCUUGCCUGUCAAGUCAACCAUGUCUCAAGAGUUGUCGUUAUGGAGGCGUUUUGCCCGCGCCACAGACAGUCAUGUCAACGCUUGUUUUGCGCUCUUUUCGGACCACCAAUACUACUGGGAAUUGUCGUAACGUGGACAAGUAAUGUGCAGAACGUGUAUUGCUACAAGAAGAUAACUACUGCCUAG